AUGCUAAGAGUGUUAAGUGAUUUUGGAGGCAUGCCUAUCAGCUCAGGCCCCCUCUCAAAUAGAAUUGGCAAGGAUGGAGAGAGCAAGGAGAGUAAAGGAGUCAGUGUCUUCUUCUGCAUGCUCACUUUGAUAAGUACCAGGAUUGGAGGAGGAAUCAUUGGCCUCCCUUUUGCUUCCCAGAAGAUGGGCUUUAUGAUGUCAUUACUAUUACAACUUUUAUACAUCCCUCUUGGAUUUUUCUCGUGCUGGCUGUUGCUUGAGGCAAGGACUAUUACAGGAAGAGCCUCUUUCUCAGACCUAGGGAUCUACUCUUAUGGAAAUAUCAGUAUCUAUAUCAUCAACGCUCUCAUUGCUAUCGGAAAUCUCGGCUUCUCUGUUAUCUUCUUCAUUGUAUUUGGGGAUGUCUCUGGAAAUCUCAUGACCAGAUUUGGUGUUGAUGAAGAUUCAUUUUUCACAUCUAGGAUCUUUACUCAGAGCGCGUUGGGAUUCAUCCUCUUAUACCUAUGCAUUCAGAAGCACAUAUCUUCACUAAAAUACUCAGGACUAUUCACUAUGUUCUUGUGCUUUGUGUUUGUAGUGUUGUUCUUCAUACAUGGGAUGGUGUCAAGCCAUGAGCCUGGAAUCAAGGCAGAUAUAUUGAACACAAAAAUUGAUGUGACUUUCUUCACUGCGAUUUCAACUAUCUUCACCUCUUAUGGGUUUCAGACUGCUUUCUUUACUGCCUUCCAGUCAUUGAAGAACAAGACUAACAGAAAUGGAGAGCUUGCUGAUAUUUGGACCAGAAUCUGUAUAUUCACUAUUUUUAAUGUCACUGUUAUGAUAGCAUAUGGCCUCUAUGGUGAGGACAUUGAGAAGAACUUGUUAAUGAGCAUCUCAAAUGAUUCUGGAGUGCUUCCAGCUGUCCUUGAGGUGAUCUUCAUCCUAGUCCCAGCUUUGGCCAUCCCUGUAAUCUUCUAUGUUGGGAAAGAAGCAAUGCUUAUCUUUGUUGAUGAACUUACACGUAAGAGUUAUUCAAAACAAAAUACUAAGAAAACUCCAAAAAUUGAUAUGAAAGUAUCACCAGACAUUGAAGCACAAAAUGAGGGAGAGAAGGGUGCACAAUACAGAGUGGACGAGGAGGGUAGAGACCAUGCCCCUAAGGUUGAGCAACCCUCCAUUGUUCCUGAACAGAGUUCUGUUGAUCCUCUUGAGUAUCUCAAGAUGAAAAAUUGGGUUUACUACCUAGUCACUAUUCUAUGUUACAUAAUUUGAGUGGUUACAUCUAUUGCUAUUGAGGAUGUAUCGAUUUUCUUCGGAUUCAUAGGAGCUUCAUUGGGAGGAUUUGCCCUCUGGCUUGGCCCAGGAUCUUUCUAUAUCAUUGGAGUUCACAAGGAGAAGGUCAAGCUCAAUACUCCACUGAAAAAACUUGCAUAUUUCUUUGCAUGGGGAUAUGUAUUUAUAGGCCUAAUUGUAUUUUUUGGGCUGAAUAUAUGCAACGUCAUAAACUUAAUCUAAUUUAUACAUAAUAG